CGCCACUACAUGAAGGUUUGGCCAACUCGUCAAUUUGCUCAGCUUCCAGCGGAUAUACUGGGGCGCUGUCGCCAGCAAAUUGUCGCCUAUAUGACGUCGGAGAGCGUGUUGGACACAGUGCUCGACUGUGAUAAUUUGCUGACGCAGUUGGCAACCUACCGCUGGGGUGGUAUUUGUGAGAACCUCGUACGAAACAUACUUGAUGCCGCCUACACCUACAUUGCCGAUCACUUUGCCAGCCUCAUAGCGAGCGACUCAUUCCUCUCGCUCGGUCACGAUCGCAGCUGUCACAUACCGCGACUGGAGAGCGUACUCUUGCGCACAGCAUCAUCGCUCACACCAGAUCAGGCAUGUCGCAGUUAUCAGCGUGUGACACGCCUCAAUACCGUGUUGCAGGCGAAAGUCAUACAAAUGCCGGCUAAUCUGGGUGAGCUGGCAAAGGAGUUGCAGGGCUUGCAGGAGGAGGACUUGGAUUGGGAUGCCGAGUAUAUACGUUUGGUGAGCGCCAUACUGUCCGCCGUCGAGCAGUGUCUUAUACGGCAGUGUUCGCUCGCCAUGCGCGUGACUGCUUGGCAGCGCAUGGAUCUCGAUUUGCGUAAAAAGAUACAAACAUUGGCGCGUCUUACCGAACCAAUGGACCUGAAGCGCAACAAGCAGGUCUCAAAGGCGUUCACUUUUAGUGGCAGCACGCGCAAUCAGGAUCUCUAUCAGGUGAAGUUGGCAAUACAGGCGCAUUCGAAGCGCGCCAUGGCGCAAGAUACGCAACUGUACAAGGCGACGCAAACACAGGAUGCGGGCAAUGUGCAGACCACCGAACGCGGUGUGCAGGCCAAUAACGAUCUACGCGAGGGCACAAGUAAAAUUCUCAAAUCGAACACGCGCGUUCAUGUGCCUCAAACGCUGCGCGCAAGCUCGCAGAGCGCCACCACUUCCGAGCGCAACAGCGUAAACACGCAUCGUCGCACGCAAUCGGAGGCGCCAAUGCCCAUUAAUAAAGCAGCCGCAGCUGCGCCCGCUCCGGCACCAAAACCCACAAGCGCUGAAACGAAGAGCGAUUCCAACAAGAAAGCAGCGCCGCGCUUGUCUGAUGUACGACCGCGCUACUUGGAGCCGCGCAAAGUACACGCACCAGCCGGCUUUGGCGGCGGUCCAGUGCGUAGCGCCACCAGUUCCAGCAUACCGGCCACCGGCAAGGGCAAAGGCCGCCAGAUCUCAUCCAGUGAUAGUUCGCGCACUUCCAGUCCGGCAGCGCGUAAGACUGCCAACCAGAUUGGACGCAAAUCCAUUAACAUGUCGCUUGACAGCUUGGCAUCGCCAUCUCGGCGCGGCCGUAAUAUGCGUCUCAAAACCACCGACAAUGCUGACCGUUUUUCGGAUCGUGGCGGUGAUUCGCUUGCGGACAGCAUGAAAAGUUCAGUGAUUACGAAUAAGGCGAUCUCGCAGGAGUCACUCGCUAGCGUAAACAAGCUGUCGCGUUCGAAUCCGCUCAUUGGAAACAGCGGCAAACAGUUGGCAGCUGUCGGUGGCAAGUUGCAAAACGGCAAAGCGCCCAAUGGCAUUGUAAAGUCGGCGCGUGCCGCCAGCAUCGGCAACAAGCCGCCAAAACAUUUGCAACAGCAAAAUAUAAAAUCAACCGGUUCGAGCCCAUCAUCGGUGACUACAACCAAAUCAGCGGCUAGUCGUCUGUCCUCUGUAUCAUCCACACACUCAUCGCGCGAUAUGUUCAAGAAUGGUUCGAUAUCGAUGCCGGGCCAAACGUCUGCACAGGGCACAGCUGGCGCACAACAGGGAAGUGGUGGCGCGCGUCACAGCUUCUUGUCCGCCAAAUCGCGUGAGAUACUCGCUCGGCGCGCCGAGAAAAACAAAUUACAACAGUUGCAACAAGCCGCCAAUAGCUCCGGUGAUGAACGGAGCAACAAUACAAACGCCGUCCCCGCACCCACCAAAAACCAACAAAAACAACAACAACAACAAAACAACCACCAUCAGCACACCGGACCAAUGCGUUCCGCUUCACACACCGCCGUCACAGCGACGGCAAAUGCCAACUACAUACGCAAUUCGCUGCCUUCCAAUAUACCCACACGCCGGCCCAACUCGCUGCAACUAAAGAAAUCCACAAAUCACAUACAAGUGAGCAACAAAAACCAUAGCAACAACAAUAGUGCAAAUCAGAUGGUAAAUUUGAAUAAUAAAAACAAAAUCAUUAACGCCACCAAUGGUGUGUUGAAGGCAGCGCAUGCGGUCAAGCAGAAAAUCGAAUUGUUCAUCGAUACGUCCACGUCAGCGACUGGUCGCGGCGGCGGCGGUGGCGGUGGCAACGGUGUCGUCAAGGCGACAUCACCACCAUCGCAACAAGCCAAUGAGCAGCAGCAGCAGCCACGUGUCGAAACGAAAUUGGAGCGUUCGAGUACUUUUUGUAAGGAGACUUCCGAUAUGGAUAUCAACGAAUUGCAAAUUAUUGAGUAGAGGGAGGAGAGGAGUGCAAUUCAGCGAGAACUUAACCAGCAUUAAGCUCACCACAAGAGGGAGGAUAUUGCUGCAACAAAAACUUGAUGGAGGAUACUUCCGAACUCUGAAAGCUUUGAGCGAAAUAACCACUCUAGUCAAUAAGAAAGUAAAAUGACUGUUAAUGGACAGAUGCAACAACAUUGAAAAUCGUUAAUAGAGAAAUUAAAGAAAAAACUAUAAUUGUCAAUAAUCUCAAAUUUUAGUAGAUGAACCUCGAAACAGUAAUCAAAGCAAGGCAGUAAACAGUUGUAGGCGCGAAUAGCAAAGAAAAAUAUCCAUAUACAGGCAUACAUACAUGGCAUUACUAUCUACGUAAAUAUAUAAACAUAAAAAAUAGUACUUUGUUGCAAAGAAAACGCGUUAUUUAAAAUACAAAAAAAAAUAAUCAUAUAAAUACAUAGUAGCGUUUGCCGCUGCAAAAAUUCCUCCUCCUCGUGCAAAAAGUCCCUUUAAAAAAUAAAUGCAAAUAUUAAUAUCCAUAAUAGCUGAGUAAACACAGCGGUUAGCAUGAAAAUUUAGAAAAUAAAAAAUGUUUUCUAAAGAAUAUAGGCACUUGAUUGCAGUCAAUGCCCCCGUAGAUUUUGUCGAAAAUCAAAAGCAAAUAUCGACCGUUCGAAAAGAAUGUUUUAGAAGUAUAGAUUGAAUGCGUACUUUCGUGAUAUUAUUUACAAAUAAAUGCUUCGUUUCUUUUUUGUAGAAAGGGCA